AUGCACCCCCGUUCGCGCUCAGGCUCUGUGAGCUCAGCACUAUCGGCUCCAUUACCUUCGCCAAUGUCUUUAAGAAGUGUUGGAGGUUCAAGAAGUAACGGCCUAGGGCCAUGCGGUGCUACACCUCACCUUUUUCUUUUCGCGCAGGGCACCUCGAUAUUGUGUCUUCAGUACGAAUCAUUGGCUUUGGAAAGACGUUUUGAGGGGCAUUUGGAGGAUGUGACCAUGAUAGCGGUAGACAAUACAAGCGACAACGAAGGAGAAGAGGGUUCCAGGGUUGUUUCGGUGGAUGCAUCGAAGCUGGCGAUUGUUUGGGACACACGAACAGGGCAUGAGAUUGCAAGAUAUGCCUCAUUUGAACAUAUUACUUCCGCUGCUUGGAUGAAAAACGGGAAUCUAGCUUUCGGUGAUGCCAUGGGAAACGUAACCUUAUUUGAUCCUCUGAGGUCUGAAUCGAUAUCUGCCAGAACAAUUUUCGAUCCAUUGUGUUCGAUAGCUCCCGCCGCAGAUUGCAAGAGUUUUGCUCUGGGAUACGCGAAUGGCUCUAUAUUGGUUGCGGCGCUUUCACCCGCAUUUACUAUCCUUCACACUCUUACGACAACUUCGUUGCAGCCUUCACCUAUCACAGCAUUGGCAUGGCAUGCAUCAUCUUCCCGACAGAAAUCGGAUAUGCUCGCAACUCAGACUCGGGGUGGAGAUCUUAGAGUCUGGAGCAUACCCAAAAGCUUGGAAUCAGACGAACCAGCUCGGGUUGUUAGAAUCCUUAAAAAGCCUGAUAGCAAUAAUAGGAGGGGAGAUAACUGGAUGGCAUGGUCUAGAAAUGGGCGGAUCGUGCAGUACUCCGAUGGUGAAACUACAAUAUGGGAUGUAAGGACAAAGAAGGUGACUUGGGAAAAUGUGCCAACAUUUCCAAAAGUAUUCGGCAUGACAGUAUAUGGACCGAAGGGUGUUCUUUUCACUCUCGGCGAGGAUCAUACAGUGCAGCAGUUCUCCUUAUACCCGCCUACUUAUGUGCACAACGAACAACACCUUCCAGGCCUUCCUCCACCCUCACCUCCAGUAUCGGUCGGAGGAGUAAUAAUGCAGCAGGGCGAGGAGCAAUACCACGAUCACGGUGUCUUCCAUCAGAUGGAGGAGCACGAGGAGGAUUACGCAGGAGCAGUCAUGUCACCGUUUGGAAGAAUAGCUCAUGAGCUGGAACAACUUGAAAUGAUGGAACAUGAACACGGCGGUCUUGGUAUCUCAAAUACAGCUCCUAGAGCGGCGUCUAUCAGCUCAAGAUCCUCAAGUGAUAGCGUUGGCAAGGGUCAUAACCACAAUGGCUCAACAUCCCCGUCUAUCAUGAGUGCAAAAAGAUCUAGCGGUGAUCAUAGUGAACUCUCGCACACUACAAUUACGACCAUCUCGCCUGGUCGAAAAGCCUCGAUUGGAUCAACUUCAAUGAACUCUCCAGGCCGUCAUCCUCACCCCCUCCGACAAGAGAUUCACCAGAGUCCAGCAGAGGAAGAAAAGGGUGCAAGCCCGCCCAAAGAUGAGGAUCCAUUUAGUGGCCUCCGAGCGAGACUUGUUACCGCUACAUACGAGAGCCCGCGUGUAGGGUCUCCUAAAGGAAAAAUGACCGAGGACGAUCACCGCAAGGAAAUGUUAUAUUGUAUAUUCGGUUGGAAGGGAGAUAUUGAGGAUCUGAUUACAGAUCAGCUUGAUUCUGUUGAUUCUCGGUCUAUGAGUGCCAUCAUGCUACGAAUGUGGCUUGGUGACCUUGACCAAAAUUCGUUGUCAGUUUUACUAGGCGCCGAUUUCGUGGUAGCUGGCGAUUGGAUGUUCCUUGCUCUGAGUGCUAUGGGGGGUCAAAAGUCGUGGAACCAUGUUGUCCGUGCUUUUGUCAUGCGACUCCUUCAAAGAGGCGACUUACAUACGGCAGUUCUGUGUCUUCUUGCCCUUGGGGAUAAGAACGACGCAGUGGAGGUUUAUGUUUCUCACAAGCGAUAUAUGGAGGCUGUUUUACUUGUUUCCCUUCUCUGGAAAAAAGACUGGAAGAGACAAUCUCAACUGGUUCGGAAGUGGGGUGAACAUUGUGCUGAGAAUGCAGAUGCACCACUUGCUGCCCGUUGCUUUGCCUGUGCUGGUUCUGAGGCAUCCGCAGAGAGGCCGGCAGCCGCAUCAAUGUCCCGUUCUCACUCACGGUCAAAGUCUGAGACAGAGUCUAUCCAGCAUUUUGUCCGUAGUCUUUCUAUCAGCGCCCCAAGUAACAAAGCAUCACUACGGAUGACUGCAAAGAACUCUCCUCUAAAGUUGAUUACUGCUUUCCCAGCACCUGCAGCUGACCCAAUUGCUCGUUCUGCCACUACUUCGCCAAGCAAUGAAGGGAAAAUGGGAGGAGUUCAACGGUUUUUUGCUUGGGCCGGCGAUAGAGGUAAAACACCAGUGGCCGCAACCCCAAUUGCAAUGUCUGCAAUAUCACCAGUUGAGGGAAGUCACUGGCAACGUCGCGACCCCUUCGCUGCCAUGUCUGCAAAAACUGUGAUUCCAGGUGCAGCAAAGCUUCCACCUGUCACAGAGAUGUCACCUGAUACACCCAGCCAGCAGAUUAAUCUUCCAAUCGAGCAGCUUUUGCCUCCAUCACAGGCAGAAAGAGGGAUGAAUAUCUCGUCCCCAAUUGAAGCGCGUAAUGAAAUGGGAUUUUCUGAAAGUCGAGGACCAGUCUCCUUCGGUGAACAUAGGUCCAACAACAAUACACCCGCUCCUGGCACUGGAUCGAGAACAGUCACCCCUAGACCACCUUCCUUGGCAAUGGCGCCUGCUCCUCCACCUCCACCCCCUCGUACAUUGGCUGCAUUGGCUUACACGCAGAAUCCCGCUCCACCCACGUCGCAGGCGCCUACCGGCGCACUUCCAUCCCCACCCUCAGAUGUCUUUAAUAAUAGAGAUAGUGGUGGUAAAGGUGGUCACGCUUCGCGAAAGCCAGUUGGAUUGGCCAUUCAGUCGGUCCAGUGGCCUCCAAUGGAUACCGUAAUCCGUGAAGCUACACCUCCAAUUUCGUCAGGCGGUUCUAAACACAAGCGUACUGGUUCUCGUAAUACACCCCCAGUUGCUAAUGGUCGACCCCCAGCACGAGCGGAAGCCAACGACCUGGAUGGAUUCCUCACCUUGCUUGACAACGUAAAUAAUAAGAGGAUGGAUACUCAGCGUGCUGCACCUCGGGUUGGAAGCAGGCGCCGGGCAGAAUCUCCCGAUAUUAGAGGAAGGGAUAGGAGCCGAAACAAUAGAGAGAAAAGCACUGAUAGGAGAGGUAGGCAAGCAGCCCGCCAAGAAACUCCCUUGAUGCGGUCACCUUCUAGUCCACUCCCAAUGUCGCCUCAGGCAAGGCUUUACAGGGAGGAUGUCGAGGAGGAAGAUUUGCAUGAGGCCGAUUUUGAGGACGAAAGAUAUUAUACUUCCAGCCCGCCGCCACCAAUGCGAGAGCCUUCGAGACGUCGUGUCGCUUCUAGAAGCCGCCAGAGAAGCCGCCAGAGAAGCCGCCAGCCAAGUCGCCAAAGGAGCCGUCAGAGGAGCCGUCAAAGAAGCCGAGGUCGUGAAGAAUUGAGGAUACCUGGAGGAUCUUUGUAUAGAUCCCCCUCUACUCCUCUCCCCUCGUCUUCCCAGGCCAAGUUUUACCGCGAAGAAGAGGAAGACAGUUUCGAUGAUGAGAGGUAUUAUACCGCUAGCCCACCGUUAAACAAGGCAUCCCGGGCAAGGUCUCGAGGUAGGUCUCACCUGCGAAUUCCCGGACAAGCUUCCCAUAUGCGAUCACCCUCUAGUCCACUCCCGAUGGCACCAGAGGCGUUGAUGUACGCAGAGAUGGCCAAGGAGAUGGAAUAUGAAGAAAGGCAGCCCCGUAAAGCCCACCGCGGAAUUCGAGAGGAAUCCCGAAAUCGUCUACAAGGCGGUGGUCUUAGGAGGUCCCGCUCAGAAGCCACCAUGCGUCAAUGGAGUGAUGCGCUUGAACGUGCGGGAGCUUUGGAACGUGCGCCUUCGGUUUCGGGGAUGAUGAAACGGAAUGCUUCAGUCCGUGGCCUUCCUCCUAACCCUCGUGCAUGGAGGAAUGAGUUUGGGAGCGAAUCUCGCGCCGGUUCACCGGCACCAGCUCCCCGAUCUGCUUCACCUGCCAUGUCUAUGGCUAUGGCGCCUGCACCACCACCACCGCCACCACCACCACCGCAGCCAUUUAUGCAGCCUGGGAGAGCGAUGUCGCCGGCUAUAUCAACGCUGGGCGCUGUUUCAAACCCUCGGACAAUGUCACCAGGCCCUAGUAGGCAGGUAACGCCAGGCCCAAGAACAUUCACACCAGGUCCUAGGCAGAACACUCCGGGUCCAAAAUUCCAACAGGUUCCUAGCAGACAAAUGACACCCGGCCCCCGACUGACCCCAAAUCCAAGAACGUUCUCGCCGCCUCCUCGUGCUGCAUCUGCGAACCCUUUCCCCCUGAGGGAACGUGCAGAUUCCGACAGCCAAGUAGCUACUAACCGCACGACGAAGGAGACUGUUCUUCGCCUUCAGAACCAUUAUUAUGAGGAGCCCGAUCAUUACGACGCGACCAGAAAACCAAUUCUUCCUGAUGUUCCAACCAUUCCUUUUGGGGGAAACCACUCGCGUAACAACUCCAAUGACCCCAAUUUCAAACCCUUGAUCCGCAAACUCCCGCCUCAGCUACCCCCAGACUCACCCCCGCCAUUGCCACACGAUCUCCCGGUGCACCCAUUGUUGAAUAUGAGCCUUGCUCCCAGCCAACCUGGUCGGAAGGGCCAGCAAAGGGUGGUAAGAAGGCAGAGACAGGAGGAAUACAUGAACCCCAUUGACGGGGUAUUACGGGACCACGAGCAGCACAUCACGAUCGGUCUCGAUGCCCAUGAAGCGGCACUCCGCUGGGAGGAAGAAAAUCUUUAUAAUCAGCAGCAGGCACAACGCUAUCAGAUGGAGAUGCAGCAGUUGAGGGGGCAUGGGGCAAGCCCUAGCCUUGGCAGUCAACAUAGUGGGCACAGUGGGCAUGGUCACAAUAACCAUUACCAGCUGAGAGAAUCUAAUGAGGCUAUUGGAAGUAUCAACCAGUUUUAG